AUGGACCAAUUCAUCGGAGGCAACAACCUAAAAUCAUCACCACGAGGCAUUGUACGUGACUUUGUAGAAAAACACCAAGGCCACACGGUAAUCACCAAGAUUCUAAUCGCGAACAAUGGAAUCGCAGCCGUGAAAGAAAUCAGGUCGAUCAGGAAAUGGGCGUAUGAAACUUUCGGGGACGAACGUGUGAUUCAGUUCACGGUUAUGGCCACGCCGGAGGAUUUAAAAGUUAAUGCAGAGUAUAUUAGGAUGGCAGAUCAGUAUAUUGAAGUGCCCGGCGGUUCUAAUAAUAAUAAUUAUGCGAAUGUCGCGUUGAUUGUGGAUGUUGCUGAAAGAACCGGCGUACAUGCUGUUUGGGCCGGAUGGGGCCACGCAUCAGAAAACCCUCGACUACCAGAAUCUCUUGCAAAUAGCAAGAACAAAAUAGUAUUCAUCGGUCCACCAGGCUCAGCAAUGCGUUCAUUAGGCGACAAGAUUUCCUCAACAAUCGUCGCACAAUCAGCAAACGUCCCAACAAUGGAGUGGAGCGGCACUGGAAUUAAUCAAACUGAAAAAAACCAGCAUGGUCACGUCGUGGUACCCGAUGACGUCUACAAGCAGGCAUGUAUUAAAGAUGCCGAAGAUGGUCUGAAAAAAGCAUUUAAAAUUGGGUUUCCGGUGAUGAUCAAAGCGUCGGAGGGUGGUGGUGGUAAAGGAAUACGAAAGGUUGAGAAUCCCGAGCAUUUUAGACAGGCUUUUGGCCAGGUGCAAGGGGAAGUACCCGGAUCACCAAUAUUUAUUAUGAAGUUGGCAGGGAAUGCUCGGCAUCUUGAAGUUCAGUUGUUGGCUGAUCAAUAUGGAAAUGCAAUUUCUUUAUUUGGACGGGAUUGUUCGGUGCAACGAAGACACCAGAAAAUUAUCGAGGAGGCACCUGUAACAAUAGCUAAGAAUGAAACAUUUGAAGCUAUGGAAAAAUCUGCGGUCAGACUUGCGAAAUUAGUUGGAUAUGUCAGCGCUGGCACAGUCGAAUAUUUAUAUAGUCAUGAAAAGGAGUUUUUCUGUUUUCUUGAACUUAAUCCACGACUACAAGUAGAACAUCCAACUACAGAAAUGGUGUCCGGUGUCAACUUACCUGCUGCUCAGUUACAAAUUGCAAUGGGAAUCCCACUUCAUCGUAUACGUGAUAUUCGUGUUCUAUUCGGAGUAGAACCGAAUAGUACCUCCGAAAUAGAUUUUGAUUUCUCAAAUCCGCAAUCUCUACAAACUCAACGUAAACCUGCACCAAGAGGCCACGUAAUCGCCGUAAGAAUUACCGCAGAGAAUCCUGAUGCAGGAUUCAAACCUAGUAGUGGGAUGAUGCAUGAACUCAAUUUCCGAAGUAGCACGAAUGUUUGGGGAUAUUUCUCGGUUAAUUCUGCGGGAGGAUUACACGAGUUUGCUGAUUCACAAUUUGGUCAUAUUUUCGCGUAUGGUGAAAAUCGACAACAGUCACGAAAGAAUAUGGUGGUCGCUUUAAAAGAGCUUUCGAUUAGAGGUGAUUUUCGAACUACAGUCGAAUAUCUUAUAAAAUUAUUAGAGACACAAGCAUUUGAAGAGAAUACAAUCACAACUGGGUGGCUGGAUAUGCUCAUCUCGGAUGACAAUCUAACCGCGGAACGUCCCGAAAAAAUGUUGGCUGUUAUUUGUGGCGCCGUGACAAAAGCAUACACCGCAUCAGCCAAUUCAAUUAACGAAUACAAAAGGUUUUUAGAAAAAGGAUUAAUUCCUAAUAAGAACAUCCUACAAACAGUAUUCGCAAUUGAUUUCAUUUAUGAGGGAGUGCGUUAUAAAUUUACUGCAACACGAUCUUCCCCGCAUUCUUUCACACUUUAUUUGAACGGGUCGAAAACUCUGGUCUCGGUCCGUGCCUUGACUGAUGGUGGUCUGUUGGUACUAUUGGAUGGAAAAAGUCAUACGUGUUACUUUCGUGAGGAGGUGCAAGGUACUCGAUUGAUGGUUGAUAGUAAAACUUGUUUGUUGGAACAAGAAAAUGAUCCCACACAGUUGAGAUCACCUUCGCCUGGGAAACUUGUGAGGUUUCUUGUGGAAUCAGGUGAUCAUAUUAAUGGAGGAGAAGCGUACGCGGAAAUCGAAGUAAUGAAAAUGUAUAUGCCACUUAUUGCCACAGAGGACGGUAUAGUACAAUUCAUUAAACAGCCUAACUCUAGUCUAGAAGCCGGUGAUAUAAUAGGAAUAUUAACGCUUGAUGAUCCUAGUCGUGUUCGUCAUGCACAACCCUUCGAAGGUCAACUACCGCCAAUGGGUCCACCCGUAAUUAUCGGUGAUAAACCACACCAACGAUUUUGGGAGGUAACUCAAAUUCUCGAAUGUAUACUGGCAGGCUACGACAAUCAAGCGCUACUAUAUAGUAGUGUCAAAGAGUUGAUUGAAUUGCUACGAAAUCCUGAACUCCCUUAUUACGAAUUCGAUGAUAUACUGUCAACGUUGUCUGGACGUAUUCCCUUGAAACUUGAUACCUCGCUACACGAACAUGUUCGAAAGUUUCAAGAAAAUAAACUAGAAUUCCCCGCGAAACAAUUAAAAGAAAUCAUUUCCGAUUAUACGCGUGACUUUGUUAAUUCUGCUGACGUGAUUAGUUUUACGGCGACUAUAUCACCAUUGAUCGAGGUUGUUGAUCGAUACAUUCUUGGACUAAAGUAUCAUGAAUGGAUGGAAAUUAGUCGCUUCCUGAAUAUGUUUCAUGAAGUUGAAGUAUUAUUUGCGAAAUCCAAAAAACGUGAAGAAGAUGUUGUUCUCACGCUUCGUGAGAAAUUCAAGGACGACAUUGACAAAACUAUCGCGCUUAUACUCUCGCAUUCAAAAUUGGGUGCGAAAAAUAAUUUGAUUUUGAAUUUAUUGGAACAAGUGGAACUAAGUAACAUGGGACAAACACUCGAUAAAUUUUUCUCGCCUGUGUUGAAAAAAUUGACAGAACUUGAUGGUCGUAUGACGUCCAAAGUUGCACUUAAAGCUCGUGAGUUAUUGAUUCAUUGUCAUCUACCAUCUUACGAAGAACGAAUGGCACAAAUGGAGCAGAUCCUGAAGUCGGCCGUGAUAGAAAGUCAUUAUGGUGAGGAUGAAUAUGAUUACCAUACACCGAGCUACGAUUCGCUUAAAGAGUUGAUCGAUACACGGUUUGCAGUAUUCGACGUACUACCGAAUUUCUUUUAUUAUGAUGAUAAUUGGAUUCGAUUGGCCGCAUUAGAAGUGUAUGCACGUAGAGCAUAUCGUGCAUAUCAAGUUCUAGACAUUGAAUAUUAUACGGAUCAAGUGCCCUUUAUGAUCUCUUGGAAAUUCACUCUACACACUACUACACCCAGUACACCAACUAACACGACUGCAUCCACGUCCAAUUUUAAUUAUGAUUUCAAUUUUAAUAUGAAACGAGUUGGUUCGGUUUCCGAUAUGAGCUAUAUGAUUCCAUGUACAGAGUCGGAACCGAUUCGUGUUGGAGCAAUGAUGUCGUGUGUGUCUGAUGAAGAAAUUGUGGCUAAUUUACCAAGAAUCCUCGAGAAAUUUCCAAAAUUAAAUCGAACACAUACAAACAAUAACACUAUUAAAAACAGCAACGACGAUGAUGGGGAAGUAUCAGAGGGGAGUGGUGAUAUUAAUAAUGUAUUAAAUAUAGUAUUACGACUAGAGGAUCCUUUUGAAGAUGAAGCAUUAAAACAAAAACUUGAAUCUAUAAUCCAAAAAAAUUCUGUAAAAUUCCGAGAAUGUAGAAUACGACGUGUGACUAUUAUACUAUUUCGCAAUAGACAAUAUCCAGGAUACUUUACUUUCCGAGAAUCAACCGGAUUUACUGAAGACCCUACAAUACGCCACAUUGAACCAGCUAUGGCCUAUCAACUAGAGUUAUCAAGAUUAUCAAAUUUCGACAUCAAGCCAUGUUUUACGUCGAAUCGACAAAUACACAUAUACUAUGCAGUCGGAAAAGAAAACCCGUCCGAUUGCCGCUUCUUUAUUCGGGCGUUAGUGCGUCCAGGCAGAAUACGUAGUAGUGUUCGUACAGCUGAUUAUCUUAUCUCAGAAUCUGAUCGUUUACUGAAUGAGAUUUUGGAUGCGCUAGAAAUCGUCAGCUCGCAACACAAAAAUUCGGAUUGUAAUCAUUUGUUUCUCAACUUCAUACCGACUUUUGUACUGCAGUAUCAAGAAGUUGAGGAUGCGCUAGCUGGAUUUAUUGAUCGACAUGGGAAAAGAUUGUGGCGGCUUCGUGUAACUGGAGCAGAAGUACACUUUAAAGUUGAAGAUCCUAAACGUGUCGGCUAUUACCCAUUACGUGUAAUUAUUAAUAAUGUGUCGGGAUAUGUGCUGAAAGUUGAAUCAUACCAAGAGGUGAAAUCAGAACGGGAUAUUUGGAUAUUGAAGUCGAUGGGUGCACCUGGCUCGAUGCAUCUACAACCAAUCAGUACUCCAUAUGCCACAAAAGAAUGGCUUCAACCACGAAGAUACAAAGCACAUUUACUGGGUACUACGUAUGUUUAUGAUUUCCCAGAAUUAUUUCGUCAAGCUUUAUUAAGUCAAUGGACUCGUGCUGUGGGGACUAAUAGACAACAAAAAAUAUCUGCUGCGUUUCAUAAUAAUGAUCGUUUACAACAACAGCAACAGGAAUUAAAAAUUCCCACCACUUUACUUGAAGCAAAAGAAUUAUUAUUAGACGAAAAAGAUGAACUUCAAGAAGUUGAUCGUGCACCUGGCACCAAUAACUGUGGCAUGGUUGCGUGGAUAUUCACUUUAUACACACCUGAAUAUCCGAAUGGACGUCAAAUCAUAGUAAUUGCCAACGAUAUCACCUACCAAAUUGGUUCCUUUGGUCCUGCCGAAGAUUUCUUUUUCUAUAAAGCAUCAGAGAUGGCAAGACGAUUGGGAAUCCCGAGAAUUUACUUGUCAGCUAAUUCAGGAGCUAGAAUUGGAUUGGCAGAAGAGAUUAUUAAUCAUUUUAAGGUUGCUUGGGUUAAUAAAGAAAAUCCAACAAAAGGCGUAAAGUAUUUGUAUAUUGAUCCGAAAACAUAUAAACAAUUGAGUAAGCAAGAAUCUGUUAUUACAGAAAAGAUAGAAGAAGAAGGUGAAAUUAGAUAUAAGUUAACGGAUAUAAUUGGCGUCCAAGAUGGACUUGGUGUAGAAUGCUUGAAGGGAUCGGGAUUAAUCGCAGGUGCUACUUCGCGUGCAUAUGAAGAUAUUUUCACUAUUACUUUGGUUACUUGUCGAUCUGUCGGAAUUGGUGCAUAUUUGGUCAGAUUAGGACAACGCACAAUUCAAAAUGAAGGACAACCAAUCAUACUUACCGGUGCACCAGCACUUAAUAAAGUGCUUGGUCGUGAAGUUUACACGUCAAAUCUACAACUCGGCGGUACUCAAAUAAUGUACAAGAAUGGUGUUUCACAUCUAACAGCACAAAAUGAUCUAGAAGGUGUCAGUAAAAUAAUUCAAUGGUUGUCUUUUAUUCCGGCACAGCGAGGGUCCCCGGUUCCAAUUGUUUUGAAUUCUGCAGAUCACUGGGAUCGUGAAAUUGAUUAUUUACCACCGAAGGGAUCAUAUGAUCCGAGAUGGUUUAUCGCGGGUAAAUAUGAAAUUGAAGGAGAUGAAGAUAGCUGGUUGAGUGGAUUCUUUGAUCGUGGAUCAUUUGUUGAGACUUUGGGUGGAUGGGCUAAAACUGUGGCAUGUAUUUUGACUGAUUAUCAAUUAACUAAUCGAUUCUCAUUUAUCAUAGCUCGUCUUGGUGGUGUACCAAUGGGUGUGAUUGCUGUAGAGACACGUAGCGUCGAGCAUAUAGUACCCGCUGAUCCAGCUAACAUUGAUUCACGAGAAGAAGUGAUGAAUGAAGCUGGACAAGUAUGGUAUCCGAAUUCAGCAUAUAAGACAGCUCAAGCGAUUAACGAUUUCAACAAAGGAGAAGAAUUACCGCUAAUUAUAUUCGCAAAUUGGCGAGGAUUUUCCGGUGGUCAACGAGAUAUGUUUAACGAGGUGUUAAAAUACGGCUCCUAUAUUGUUGACGCACUAUCCAAUUAUAAACAGCCAGUAUUCAUCUAUAUUAUACAUAAUGGCGAACUUCGUGGUGGUGCAUGGGUAGUUCUCGAUCCGACAAUCAACCAAGAUUACAUGGAAAUGUACGCCGAUGAAAAGUCUCGCGCUGGAGUACUAGAACCGGAAGGCAUCGUCGAAAUAAAAUUCCGUCGUACUCUAUUAUUAUCCACCAUGGAAAGACUCGAUGACACUUAUUGUCAACUAAAAAGAUCCGUUAAUGACUCUGCAAAUUUGACCGAUCUCGAACGACAAGAAAUAAAAACAAGAUUAGAUUCACGAGAACAAGAACUAUUACCUAUUUAUUCACAGAUUGCGUUACAGUUUGCCGAGUUACAUGAUACCCCAGGACGAAUGAAAGCAAAAGGUGUAAUUCGCAAAUCGUUAGAUUUUCGACAAAGUCGACGAUUCUUCUAUUGGCGUGUUAGACGACGGUUACAUGAAGAAUACAUGUUUAGGUUAUUAGCGGAGGCGAAUCCUCUACUUUCACGUGAUGAGAUGCGGCAGUUGUUGAUCGAGUGGUUUUAUAAAGAUGUUUCUGAACAGGAUUGCGCAUGGGAUUGGGAAGAGGACGAUGAACAGAUUGUCAAGUGGUUUGAGAAAUUGACUGCCAGAGGAUCAUCUAAUAGUAAUAUUGUUAAAAAUAAAGCUAGUGAAAUUACAACUGUUGAUUCUUCUCUUAAAGAAGACAAAGAGGAGAAAACAGAAAUAACAACGACUAACACAAAAUUAGCUAUAUCGUCAUCAAUAACAUCGACUUUACUUGAAUUGCGUCUCGAAGAACUUCGUAAAAAAAGAAUAAAACAAAAUAUCAUCGAGAUGUCACGUACAAAUCAAUCUGCCGUGUUGGAGGGUGUUGUUGAAGCUAUGUUUGAAGAUUUGAGCAUGGAGGAACGGAAGCAAUUAUUGAGUAAUUUGACGCAGACGAUUAAUUUGAGACCAUCUGAUUCUGACGCAUCUUCCUCCUCUUCAUCUUCGACACAAAAAAUGAAAAAUAAUGAAAAAUGA